GUGACCUGGCGUGGCGCUUCGGACCUCGGACUAGAGGCCCAGCUUUCUCACCCGUCCGGCUCUGGUCUGGAACGGAGCCCCCGCCAGCUCGUCUGGAUCCGGCCUGGUCCGGACGCUGCCACUGGUACUGUUCAACAAGCGACAUGUUGA